GUUACAGAACGAACCAUUGUCGACUUGGACUUGGUCACUCCUGAACUUGAAUUCGUAUUAUCGUCAUCAUGGCAAAAAUUGCACUCUUAUUUAGCGUAAUUAUUUUCCUCGUCGGUUCCACCACGGUCCAGGCCGCCCCGUCGAUCGAUGAAUAUAUGGCCUUAAGGAAUCAGGUCCUCCAGACGGAGGACAGUAUUUUCCUCGGGGGGAGUGCCACCCUUGACGGGAGGGAAACUCUGGUCAACGAAAUUCUCAUGGGGUUCAAAACCAAGGAGUACACGUUGGGAAUGGAGACCAACAAUGGGGAAUGGUUCGCCGGCACGAAGCACAUUUUCCACGCGAUGGAGGCCAUCGAGGCGUCCAACGUGUUCAAAAUUAUUCGCAUCAUGCCAAAAGGAGCUGCCCUUCACAUGCACGACGUCACUGUGGCGCCGACCUCCUCCUUCAUGAACAUUUCGACCUGGGCGAACCUCUACUACUGCGAGGGGGACAAUAACCACCUUCUGUUUCGCUUCUACCCUUCCCCACCGCCGUUCGGGUGCAGGGAGGGGACGAUCUGGAAGUCGGUGGCGAGCUUGAGGGAAAACGCGCCGAGUGCCGGCUGGGUCGAGGAAUACUUUCAGAGGAGCAUGAACAUGUACACGCCAACGCCAGAUGUCGAGUACCCAAACACGAACGUCGCGUGGAACUUGUUUGAGAAGAAGAUUACGACGGCUGCCGGGAUGGGGGACUAUCUCCCAGCUUAUCUUCAAUAUUACUACGACACGCUCAAGUACCACCUCGACGACAACGUCAUGUACAUCGAAAUGAGAGGCUUGCUCAACUCGGUGUACCACUUGAACCAGACGGAGUUGGGGGCUCGCGAAAUUUUGAGAGGCUUAAAGGAAACUACCGACCAGUUUCUUAUCGAUUAUCCAGACUUUUUUGGAGCCAAGUAUAUCUAUGCACCGCACAGGUUCAACACACCUGUAGACAUAGGAGCCAUGAUUGACGACUCUGUCCUCAUGAAGACAGAAUUUCCCCAGUACUUUGCUGGCUUCGAUCUAGUCGGGCAGGAAGAUAAGGGGUCACCGCUCCUCUUCUUCCUCCCCCAACUCCUCAACGCGACGGACAAAGGGGUCAAAUUUUUCUUUCAUGCUGGAGAAACUGACUGGAGAGGAACCAAAAUUGAUGAAAACUUGAUUGACGCCGUCCUCCUAAAUACCACCCGAAUUGGCCACGGCUACGCCCUUUAUUCCCACCCCUACUUGUACGAGAAGGCCAAAGAACAACAAAUUGCGGUGGAAGUUUGCCCUAUUUCUAACCAGAUUCUCGGCCUUGUCAAAGACUUUCGCAACCAUCCAGCCUUCAACUAUAUGAGGGACGACUUUCCCGUCGUAAUAGCCGCUGACGGACCAGGAAUUUACGGCAUGUCUGCACUCUCACAUGACUACUAUGUCGCCUUCAUGGUUAUGGGUGGAGAGCACGCGGAUCUCCGAUUUCUUAAGAAACUUGCUCAGAAUUCUAUCCAAUACUCCGCCAUGGAAGCCGGCGAAAAAGUCGUGGCGCAGGCACUUUGGGAAGCCAAAUGGUCCACAUUCCUGGACGAGGUUAUCCGUCAAUAUGGCAAUUCAACUGAGCAGGACGUAAUGGAUAACUCGAUCCCCAUGUCAGCCGUCGUGUUGUGAAUUUACAUAGUAUUCCACUCCUACAUCGUCCUCGGUGGAAUGCAAAAUAUAUGAAACGCUGCCGUAAACAAUGAAAAACAUGGGAAUAAAAACAUUUUCAAAAAACCUUCCAAA